CCACAAAUUAUCUAGUAAUUUUUUUUAAAAAAAUAUUUUUUAAUAGAUAAUGUUAUCAGUUUUGGAUGCAUUUAAACAAACACUUUAAUUUACCAUAUUGACUAGUUCGUGUCGUAAUUCGAAAGAAAUCAAAGAAGAAACAGAUCAAAAUUACGGGUUUUUACAAAUCACUCUGUAAGUAUACCCAGUUAGCAAAGGUUCGUCAUAUUUGUGAAAGCUGGCUGAGCGAUUCUGAGAAGACGGGCUCUAAUAUAUCUGUCUACAAUAGAGCUACAUAAAAACAAUGACCGAUUUAUGGUAUUCAAUGUUUAAUAAAAAUCCACUAAGAGAUGCGUCCAUGGAGCUUCAGUUAGAUUUUCCAGACGUCAUAGAACUAAAUAAAUUUCUUUCGUCUGGCAUCCAGAAAAUUUACUUCAUAGAAACCUGCGACUCGCGACUGGAAAUUUUUCGCUUGUUAAACAUAUUUAAACGCUUGGAGAAUAAUGGAUUUAACUCAGAUUACUUGGGACCUAACAAUGCGGCUCUAUUAAACUGGAAGACUUUAAAACGUAUACUCGGCUUCGACAAAACUACGCCCCCUAUAGAGGAAAACACGAAAAAACAGAAUUAUGCAUAUUAUUUGGGACCUGGCAAUGCUUUCUCGUUUAAUUUGGAUACCUUAAAACCAAUUGUAAAACGUUCUGUUCCCACACUAAAACCGUUAACAAUAAUCGAUGCGCAAGACUUUAAAAAACAAGACGAUAACUUUAGGUUUACUUUAAAAAGCCUAUUUAUGGCCCUAUCAAAUGACGAUUCUAAAAAAGCGAUAGUGGUAUGCUUUGAUCAUUUUUGCUUUAAAUGUAUACAUUUUGAGCAAAAGGUGCUAUACCAUUCAGAAUUUUCCGUCAAUAAAUCUGUGGAUGAAAUUGGAUUUAAAGACUUAACUGAAGAUUGUCAACGUUUCUUUUUAGAUCUAAAAACAGUUUAUUUCCUGGAUACACUUCUUUCAUUAGAACAAUUUAUGCUAAUCUUUGGUGGAGAGAUUGGUAAUAUUAUUUCUGCGCAAGUACUUAAAGAUAUUACUUUUGAUUCAACUAUUCCUAAUCAUUUUAUUAAAAUUGGUAAUGCCAAAAAAAAUACUGAGGAAGAAGUAAAUUUUUUUGUUCAAAUCACUUUUUAUAAUAAGUUUUUAAUUUCAAAACAAAUAAAAAGAAUACUAGGCAAUAAUUUGAUUUCAGAUAGAUUUAUAUUCAGUAAUGUGGGAUCUGUUAAUCAAUUGACAAACAUUUUAAAACUGAAAAGGAAAAAUAAAAAGAAAGUUUUGCAGAAUAAACAUAUUUUCACAUUUGAAAACAUUGAGGAAGCUAAAUGCUUUUAUGAUAAAGACAAAUGUGGCAGUUUGCAUGUAAUAAACUAUGAUAAUAUCUUUGAUGAAUUUAAUUGGAUUUCUUCGAAAAACUCUUUAAUAAAUAUACGUAAAUUUAUUGUCAGAAAUCACAAAAAUGCUAUAACAUUGAGCAAUUUAUUAGACUGCAAAGAGCCGAAAAAAUCGGUAAUUUUGUAUGGACCUUCUGGAAGUGGUAAAACUUAUAUUUUAUCAAAAAUUCAAUCGCUACUGCCUACUUCUUGGGUUAUUUACGUUGAUCUAGUCAAACACAAAAGAGACAUUUUAAAAAUUAAAAACGAAGUUGACCAUCAUAGUGUCAUAGAGUUUUUAUCUUCAUGCAUUGAACCACACUUAUUAGCAUGUGGCCUAUUAAAUCAGUAUUUGUUUCAUAAAUCCGAAUUAUCAGUUUACAUUUUAUUUGAUUCAUUUGAUCAAGUUGCAAGGCAGUUUCAGCUUGAUAAACGCAGUUACAAUAUUUUGCUUAAUUUAUUUUCUUUUUUAAAAAAUCAGUCUCAAGCACAUAUUUGGAUAGCUUCCUCUUUAGACCAAUAUACUCAAAACUUAGAAAAUAUUUUAUGUGAAUUUAGAACGAUAUUUGCCACAUACCAAUUAAAUGAUUCUAUAAAAGAAGUAUAUCUAAAAAACAAAAAAGCAAUUCACCGGUGCUCCCCAUUUACGGGUUUACCAUUAGCCCUUAACAUGCUUUCACAUGACUGUAUUGAAAUAUCUGAAUAUAUUAAGAGGAAAUUUGACAUUUAUAUGGGGACUUAUUUUCUAGACAGUAAUUUUAAACAAGAUAUUGUGAAGUACUUGUAUGCAAUUCAUGGGCUAGCAGCAGCGAAAAUUGUGUAUCCAAAACUGACUCUUUUACUUGGGUCAAAUAAAGACAACUUUCGCAUAAACAUUUCUACUGUGGGAUUUGUAUCAGAUACAAGUAACUUAUACAACGAGAACAACUAUCGCUUCGAAAAUUUAAUUUUUGCCGAUUUUUUUAUAGCGAUCGAUAUAUUUUAUAAAUGGAUGACUAAUCCCGAAACAUGUUCUCUGGAACCAUUUCUAGUCUUCGAUAUUUUGUUGAAACCAGAGUAUAAAAACAUAAGAUUUUUUCUAAACAGUUAUAUUAAUCACAAUCCACUGCCCCCUGCUCCUGAAGUAGUUUCCCAACGACUAGCUCAAAUGUGGAAUGAAUCCAAAAGAAAUUUUUUUAAUGACUUUGGUAAAUGUGCUUUCCACAUAUUGAUUGAGGAACAUCUUGAACUUUUGGCAAAAUGGUUUUUCGACGGGGAUUUUUUUAAUUUUUUUUUCCCCAUAAUUAUAUCUACUAACAAGCUAUAUGAAAAGCUUCAAAACUACAAUCAGACACCAAAUUACAACAUCAAACCUUUUAAUGACAUUAUGCUUUUUAAUUCUAUUAGAAACAAUCAAAUUUAUGAAGUUAAACUUUUAAAUGAUAGUGGGAAUAUCCCAAAUCCAUUUGCUCUUCAUUUAGCGGCAUCAUUGGGUUUUGACGAAAUAACAGAAUUUUUGACAAACUGUAAUAUUCCUGUAGAUAUAUUGGAUAAUAAAGGACAAACUCCUUUAUAUUACGCAUUUAGAAAUAACCAUAUGAAUAUAAUAAAUUUGCUAAUCGCUAAGGGAGCAGUUCUAACAUCUGUCGAUAAACUGAUUAAAAAAUUAAUUUGUCACUGCGCCCAGCAUAAUUAUAUAGAACAAGCAAAAAUCCUGAUAAACAACUCAUUAGAAAGCAUUAAUAGUACUGAUAAGCGCAGUAUGUCCCCUUUGAUAUACGCAGCAAAGUCCAAGAACUUAGAUAUGGCUAUUUUAUUACUAAAUAAAGGUGCAGAUAUUAAUCAUAUAGAUGAUUAUGGUAUAAGUGCCCUAUGCUGGGCAGUUUUGGUAGGCGACGUUCAAAUGGUUGAUCUCCUUAUGGGUGCCGGAGCAGAUUAUAAUAUAAAACUGAAUGAUGGAUCAAACCUCUUACACAUAGCAGUAAAAAAUAAUUCGCUCAAUAUGGUAAAAUAUCUAUGCUUCUGCAGCAUUGACUUCAAUAUGCCAAAUUUUCAAGGAAUUACACCACUUGAAUACGCAACACGUUUUGAGCUUUGGGAUAUUGUAAAACAUUUAGUCUUAGAAGGAGCUUUAACAAUAGGCGGUUUUAACCCCAUAACGGCUAUAGUAGAUAAAACCCAAUGGCAGCUAGUAUCAUUUUUAAUAUCUAAGGGAUGUUCUUUGUCAAAAGAGUCUAAACAAAAACAAUUAGAAGUUUUCAAACAACUAAAUUGUUCUACACCUAUACAAUUAAUAAAGCUGGGAAAUACUGAACUACUGGAGUUGUUCUUAGAGAAAAACAAUAAUAAAACUUUAGCAGAGAUAGACCAGUCUUUAUCAGAACCUUAUGAGGAAUUACGACUAGUAGGCGUUGAGCUAUCAGAGAACAUGAAAUCAUUUAUAGAAGAAAAAUUGGUGGAAAUACGUAGUAGCAUAGGGCAAAUAUUUAGGCUUUCUAGUGAAGGAACUAAAAACCGAAAACACUUAGUAUUAGAGCAAAUAGAUAUUUUAUUAGAACAAUAUUCUAGUGCAAAUGUUGACAAUGAAUUUAUUGCUAGAGCAAUGUUUGUAGCUCAAAAUAUUGAAAUACUAAAGCGAGGAAGAAGAAAAAGGAUUAAGGAAGAAAAGGAAAAUUCAAACAUUCCCUGGGAGCAAACUGAGUUUUGCAUCAUUAUAUUUAUAAACUUUUUUUUAAAUACACGGGAUGAAGAUUUUGAAUUUAGAUUGGUUUUAGAUCAAGACAGGCUACUUAUGCACUUACAAUGUUUUUCUAAAACGUUACAAUCAACAGAUAUAGAGCUAAUACAAGAUGACGAUUUAAUGCGCUUGGAAACUGAUUACCGCAUUUUAAAAGAUAUUUAUUCUCUACAAAGGAUAUCAAAAUACAUUAAGUUGGCAAUAUCACUUGAUACAAAUGAAGAGAUUAAUAUAUUUGCUCUAAUGAGAACUCUCCAAGUGGUAGGAGAAUAUUUGAAAAAUACGAAGGAUUCGUUAAAUCUGUCACACGAAAUUAUUGAUUAUUUGUUACGUUUUGCACCUAUUAAUAUUCAAAAUAUUCUCACAACCUUAAGAGAUGCUAUGCUGCAUCCUACUAGGUCCAAAAGAGAUAUUGAAGAUUGUUUAAGAAAUAAUAAAAAUUAUUUUGACUCUAUACUUAAUGAACUAAGAAAAGUUAGAUUACAAACUGACUUUUUACUUUACAAAAAGAAGAGUGAAUCUCUAAAAGUGUUUCAUCAAAAAUGCGCAGCAGCUAAAGAUCUAGAAGUUGUAAAACGGUACCUUCCCCAUAAUGCAGAAUCUGAAAUUACGAAAGAAGACUACGAAAUAAGAGAUCUAAUGGAUAUUAAAGUAUUGAUUAAUACUUUGAAGCAGGCUCUGCCAGAGCGUGAUAUUAACGGGCUUUUAACGGAACUUUCUAAAGAAAUUAAAAAAAAUGAAGAAACUGUCUACAAAAAGCUUAAUAAAACUAAAGAAAAGUAUCUUGAUUAUAGACAAUUCUACAAUAAUACUGAAUCUCUUCCGAUUUCUUAUAUGGAGGAACAACUAAGAUUACUAAAUAUUCGAACUUGCAAUGAACAGCGUGAAGGGAUAUAUAAUAAAGCAUGUAAUAUAGUCAUAGAUCUUCAGAAAAAGCUGCAAGCUAACUCAGAUGGGUGUAAAGACAAUGCUAUUAAAAUAUGUUCUCAAUUAAUACAUAUGAUGAAAUGGGGCUUUCACAAAGCAAAUACGAUACAAGACAUACAUGAUAAUUUAUCUAAUAAUGACGAAUUGAUAGACAGUAGUUUAGAAUACGUUUUUAAACAAAUUAUUAUAUUUUUGGAUGAGGAUCAAGAUAAAGAAACUGUAAUAAGGCAUCUUGCACAAAAUAAAGUGUUGCAUGAAAAUUUAUGCGAUUUAAAGAAAUGCCAUGAAGGUGUUUUGAACAUAAUUAGAAAAUUGAGUAUAACAAAAGAAGAGACGAUUAAUCUGGAACGAAAUAUAAUUAAUCGAAUACAGUUUAACAAAUUUUUAGAUAAAAUUAGAUCGACUACAGAUUUAAGCACCUUAGAAACAGAAUAUGCAAACUUCUUAAAAAUAUAUGAAAACUUAUGUAUAACAAAAACAGAAAGAAAAUUUUUUAAAACUUCUUUUAGCGAAGGUGUCGGUAACUUAGAUAAAUACGCGAAGCUGAUCAAGAAUUUUAAAAAUGAUAAAUUUUAUGACAAUUUAUUCGAGUUCUGUUCUAUUCUUAAUAAUGAACUUAUUAACUUGGCAGUCAGGAACUAUAUACAAAAAACAAAAGACAGUUUUAUAAAUGAAUGUUUGUAUAAACUUGACCUUCUUUCAAAUAUUGUUAUGAGAAACAAGAAAGAGAUACUAAGCAGCUCCGUUUACCAAGCAGCUAUAGAAUCUCUUUUGCUAGAUGUUAUGACGGGGUUGAAAACGUCGCAGAGCAUAAUUGAAUAUGAUUUAUCUUACGAUGAAAACGUACCACUUUUAGUUGGCAACUCGUUAAGAAAUUACUUAGCUCAUGGAACACCUCUUAUUGAUAUAAUGCCAUAUGACCCGAUAAAUGCUAUUCUAUCUACAAUAAGAGUCAUUCAGAACAAUAUGUUUAAAAAAGCUCCUGAUGCAAAAAUGUAUAAUAAUGAUUGUUUGAUAUCACAUUUUAAAAAACUUUUAGCUUUUACUAAACUAUCAGAACAUGGAGAAACAUUAAAUAGCAGUAAACCUUUAUAUUUCGAAUACUUUGAGUCUGCCGCAUUAAAUGACCUCAAUAACAUAAAACAUAUUAGUAAUACUAUAAUGGGUACUUCAUUUAACUACAGUAUUUUAAUAUGGCCAGCAUUAAUAGUGGCGGUUAAAAAUGGUCAUCUUAAUAUCGUUGAAACAUUAUUUCAAAGUAUUAAAAACAUAAAAAUUUCAAACAAUAUUAGCUACGAAUCAUUUCAAAAGGCUGCGAGCUACUUACAAGGUUAUUCCGUUAAUUUAAACCGGUCACUGUGGGACGAGAAUAAAAAGGAAAUUUUACCGCGCUGUAGAGAAUUUUACCUAAAUGUAGCUUUAAGAGAAGCAGUUAAGAGCGGGAACUGUGAAAUCGUAGAACUGCUAUUACAGGACUGCAACAGUAUAAAUUUUGUUGACGGUAAUAACAUAACUCUUCUUCACCUUGCUGCCAAAAAAGGUAACGAUAAAAUCGUUAAAGCUUUACUUAAACGCAAAAUCCAUAUUGAUGCUUUAACAAAAUCAUUAAUAACCCCUCUACAUAUGGCAGCUAUUGAAGGGCAUAGUAUAAUAGUAGAAAUAUUAUUAAAUAAUGGCGCUAAUGUCAAUGCACAAAAUAUAGAGGGAAUGAGUGCUCUUCACUAUGCGGCUGAUAGUGGAUACGAUCAAGUAACCGAAACUCUUCUCAAGCAUAAUGCCCUCAUAGAUUUAGAAUCUAAAAUUGGCACAUCAUUACAUUUAUCAGUUAAAAAUAAACAUGUAAAUACUGCAAAGAUAUUAUUAGAACAUGGUGCAGAUGUAAACAAAGCUGAUUCAAAAGGUAGCACUAGUUUAGAAAUAGCAGCGGCAAAUGGUUGCCUCAAACUUGUUAAGCUUCUCUUAACUUUUAAAGCGACAAUUCAAACGGGAGAGGAUAAUUUUACACCACUCCUAGCAGCAAGUUUUAACAGCCGACAUGAAAUUGUUAAGCUAAUUUUAGAUGAAAGACCAGAUCUCAAUGUAAAUCAUUACUUCAGGGGUACGGUUAAUGCAUUACAGCUUGCUGUCAUGGUCGGUAAUAUCCAAACAAUACAAAUUUUAUUGGACCACGGGGCCAAUAUAAGUUUGGCUAAUAAACAGGGCAUAACAGCACUAGAUAUAGCUUGUUUACAGAACCAAACAAAGAUUGUUAAACACUUUCUAAACAGUAUUGCAGACCUAAAUGAAUUCUCCUGUUUAGUAGCAAAGUGCUUAUAUUUAGCAGCUUCUCAUGGUCAUCACGAAAUCGUUGAAGAAUUAUUAAAGAGAAAAGCUGAAGUAAUAAAUUAUAAAGAACCUGAAGUGGUACUUACUUCUCUUCAUAUUGCUGCCUUAAAUGGCCAUCUAGAGACGGUGAAUAUAUUACUGAAGUAUAAUGCAAACAUUGAUGAAAAAUCUAAUGAUGAAUCUAGGGCUAUCCAUUUUGCUGCUUCAACAGGUAAUAGUGACAUUGUAAAGACCUUAAUAGAACAUGGGGCUGAAGUAAACGUUCAAACAGAAAUACUUUUUACUCCAUUGCAUUUAGCUGCACAAAAUGAUCACAUAGAAGUAGCAACCAUUUUAUUAUACCAUCAAGCUGACGUAAAUGCUGUAGCAAAUGAUAACAGGACAACUCCUCUUGGCAUUGCAGUACAACAAGGGCAUGCGAAAAUGGCAAAAAUUCUAAUUGAGAAGGGAGCAAAUACAAGGUUUCCUGGAAACUCAACUCCUGCCAUUCACCAAGCCAUUAUUCAUCAUCGCGAAGAAGUUAUAAAAAUGUUGCUGAAUUUAGACUCCACUUAUGCUGAAAUAACUAGCAUAAGAGAUGGAAACACACCUCUUUACAUAGCUUCAGGUUGUGGUUACCUAGAAGCAGUUGAUAUUUUAUUAAAAUACAAUGUUAAUGUUAAUGCCGCAAUGAAUAAUGGCACAACAGCCCUUCACUUUGCUUCUCAAGAAGGGCAUGAAAAAAUCGUUGCAAAAUUGCUUGAACACAAAGCUGACGUUAGAGCACGCUCUAAGCUAAAGUACACGCCUCUUCACAUGGCUGCUGAUAAUGGCCGAAAAAGGGUGGUAAUAAUGUUGUUAGAAAAUAAUGCUAAUAUCGAAGAUACAUGUUUUAGAGGAGCUACUGCUCUGCAUUGUAGUGCUGAGGAAGGCCGUACAGAAGUAGUAAAAAUCCUUUUAGAUACAAAUGCUAAAGUCAACGUUGCUAUGAAUAAUGGCAGUACCCCUCUACAUUUAGCAUCAGUUAAUGGCCAUAUAGAUGUUGUUAAAAUAUUAUUAGAUUAUAAAGCUGAUGUCAAUAUGGCGAAAGAGGACCAGUCAACUGCGAUUCAUUUAGCCACUGAAAAUAAUAGAUUAGAUAUUGUCAAAACGUUACUUGAAAGAGGGGCAAGAGUGAAUGAUUUCAGGAAAACUACUGAAGCAGUGUGUGAGACACCACUUGAUAUAGCCGAAAAAAAGAAUCUUAAAAGUAUUGCAGCAGUUUUGAAAGAAAAGGGGGCACGACGUUAUCAACAGCUACAGUUUACACAUUUACACCAUAAAUAAAUUUUCUUUGUAAGAAAUUAUCAAAGUGUAAGUUAUUUCACUAUUUCAGUGUAAUAUAAAAUUCAUCAGACUCUACUUGGUUUGAGAGAGCAUUCGGUUAUCCCAGACAUAAUAAAAAUUAAGCUCUGCGGGGACUCUUUCUUCGGUAAGGUUUAGUAAGAUUUAUUUAGGUACAUAUAACAGUUUCAUACAAUAUAAAAAUAAGGUACAUAUACCUCUUUAACUAAGCAGCUUACAUGUGAUGUUGCUCAGGAACUAGAAUACGUCAGACUUUCCAAUGAACUUCGGAUCCAACGGACAAUACAUAAUGUGGAUAGCUACUAUUAAUUUGUAGAUGUUUUGAUUUAAUUGAAGUUGUUUUAUAUUUUCUAUCAAUUUUUUAGGAAUUACCCCUACUUUUCAUACACGAUCGAAGCAGUGUGCACUUCUUUAAAGUCCCAAUAUUGAAUUAGGUUUUUAUUGUAUUUCGUUCAUAAGGUAUUAUUGUUCGGAAUAGCAACAUCAAUGAGAUUUGUUUUUCUAGGAACUUUAUCUAUUUAAUUAAGUAAGGACUAUUAUUACUCACUCUCUGAUCUGUACGUCCAGUUUCAGUAUAAUUUGUAGUAGUCAUUUUCAAGUAUCGGCUGCGGGGUACACUUGUAUUAUGACACCUUAUCUAUUGGAAAACGUUUAGUUUUCUGGCUAGUUCUAGAUGUAGUACUCUCUCUAAUAGAUCGUGUUUCUCUUUAUAUUCUGCUGACGUAAAUGUCCGAUAACGUCCUGUAAUAUCCUGUAUAAGUAUAGUACACUCGAAGAUAUAUCGUUGACCUUUUGACCGCCAUAAAACCCUAAUUACCUGUGGGGGUCAUAAAAAGACCCAAAAUUAUCAUAUUUGUGGUCAGAGCUGGAUUGGAAAUUUAAUAUUUACCUGCAUUGCAAAAUAGUAAGUAGGUACGAAUAAUGGAAAAAAUUUAAAUAUGUGUAUAUAUUUGUCCUGAGUUUAGUCCAAACUCAAACUUGUGAUCUUAGAUCUGUAAGUAUUAUAUCUACCGUUACCUUUGCCUUUACCUUUACCUACCUACCUAGAGUCUAGUAAAAAUAAGAAGAAAUCGAGUGACAAUUUCAGUUCUAAUUAAGUUCUUUACUAGUUAUUUUAAAUGGCUAUUGUUGUAAGCAAGUGAUUAAACAAGUUUUUUUGUGGAAUUAUAGCGCAAACAUGUGGCGACCAUGGGCUAUACUUACAUCUGGCAUACUCUUGAUCACCUACAACAAAUUUCAUAUAGUUUCCGAUAGUUCUGUACACAUUGUUAAAAUUACUUCUUGAAUGGCCACUAAAACUCCUCAGUUUCUUGAAAAAGCUGCCCCAAGAUUAACUCAUUGAUCAACGCUGCCGAGUCGACGUACUGCUGCCGAAUCUCAUUGAUGAGCUUUCCAUGUAGUGGUUUUCAAUCCAACUUUCUAUCUUAUCUUGCUCGGUACUGUGAUGGCUUUGUACCUGAAGCUCCCGAAGUUUAGGUGCUGUUGAGCGGUUCGAUUUACGUGUACCGCUCGGUGUAUUUCGAAUGUUUCAGCCUUUUUAUAAAAGAAUGAUCGCAAGCUAGAAAAUUUCUGAUCUAAUGUUCGCUUAAUGGCGUUUUGCGUGUGAUGUUUUUUACGCCUUUUUGAAUAGUAUUCUGGCUUUCUUUUUAAAUUAUUGAUAUCCGUCUUAGUCCAUCCUACAACACCAAAAGAAUAUAUUCAUGUAGUAAUGUCAUACGUAUUUAUGAACUUUAACAAGUCUGUGCUACUAAGAUGCAUUUUUAGAAAACGUCUCGAUCUUUGAAUGAACUUGUUUGGGCUUGUUUUUUUAGUAAAUAUUUAUAGGUUUCCUAUGUGUUCAUUGGUGGGGUGAUCUGCGCAUUCUCCAUCGGAAAAUUACCUAGCUGCAACUUACCCUCAAAAUAUUAACGCUGUGGCAUUUAUCCAAUAGAAAGGUCAUUUCUAUGUCGACAGAAAACUCUUACUCUACUUUUAAUAUUUUAUCUAAUUAGCUUCAAAUAGCCCAUAAGGUCAACAACAUAGUCCGAUCGUCUGAUAAAUAUUUGCUGUUUUUAUUUUUUACAGAAUAACAACAAUAAUAUCGGCAGGCCUCAUUUUGCGGUGUGACUUCACGCUACAGCACUGUUGAAUUUUAAGGCGCUAUUAUCUUUUUUUUUAGCUUAUUAUGACAAUUUUACUUCUUCCGAAAGAGUUCAAAUUAUUAAAUGGUUUUAAGUCAGUACCAGAUUCCUUGCGAAAAACAAUUUUGAAUGCGGUUUCGAAUUUUAAGACGUCAUUAUGUCUUUAAGAGUAUCGUAAAUGUCACAUUAAAGUGCAAGAACCUUCUAUCGAGAAGUUUCAGGAGCAAGAACGAAAAAAUGGUUUAUCUUGCCCUAGAAGUGGAUUCAACAUUUGAAAGUGUUGGAGAGGAACAGAGUAUGAACUGUGAAACUGCAAGCAGUAUUUGGAAAAAACAUGAGUACAAUUUUGUCAAAUAUUCCAAAACUCAAGAGAUAUUUCCCGAAAAGUAAUGGCGAAGAAUGCAAUUUUGUAAAACCAUGAUUGAAAAGGCAAAUGAAAAUUUUUUUUUUGUAAUGAAAUAUUUUAUUUUCAGAUGAUUCUUCUUUUACAUUACCUGACGGGUUGAUUUCAUUAAACAAAAUCCUUCCGUUGUUCGAUAUUUGGUAUCCGGAAAAUGAGCCCAAAAGUUUUAAAUUUCGUACUCAGUAUCCUCAAAAAUUGAAUGUUUGCGCUGAUAUUUUGGGCGAUUAUAUGAUAGGGCCAUUUUUAUUAUUGGUACAAUAAACGCCCAAAAAUACAUUGAGUGGCUGCAAAACCAAGUUCAUUCCGCCAUUCAAAUCCUCCCUGAUUUAGAUCUGGGAUUAAUAGGAUAUUACUUAGUUAAUUUGGAUAUUUGUAUACUCCUAUUUGGGUUGUUUAUAUAUUCUCCAAAAAUAUACCCUUAAUGGACAUGUAAAAGUUUUAUCGAUGUUGUGUUUCAUAAUUUAUAACGAAAGGCCUUAACAUAUUUCUGGAGUCCUGAAGAAGCUCUAAUAUAGGCCGAAACAUUGACAUAAAGAAAAAUUUUAAAAGCUUGGAGUUUUAUUUGGCCCCAUAUCCAACUAAACCUAAAAAAAUAAAAAUAAUUAACUGGGUCGUUAAAAUACCAUAUUAAAUCAACCAGCUACUUCUUUCCUAUUAUUUUUAAUUAGAAAUUAGAUAUGAAUUUGAAUGUAGUCGGCCUGAGCUUAGAUUAGAUAGGCAAGUCUAUAUAGACAAAACAACCAUGAUGAUGUUCUUUAUGGAUAAAUAAAUCGGAGGAUAAAUGAAACCAAUUUUUUUAAUUUGUCAAAGUUUCUGUAAUUAUAUAACCAUCUUCUUCAGGAGUUCUACAUGAGAGAAAAGGAAAAGAAGAAAAAUACACUUAUUGUGAUAAUAAAAUGAUUACAAAAGGCCAUUAUUCAAGUACUAUUACAAUAUUCAACCUACAAAUAAAAGGUAAAAACAGAAGCAUUUACACCAAUUACAACCAGGUCUACACGCCAAAAUCUUAAUUGUAAUAAUCGUUAAAGUACAAUUGAUAGAUCUAUUUAGACUUUAAAAUAAAUAUGAACAGAAUGUAGCGGACCCAUAAUAAGAGAUAGUGGGAGAAAUAUUCGUUUUGCGUUAGAAUUCGAAAAAGACAACGGAAAUAAAGAGCUACCUAAAUAAGCAAACUUAUAUUAUGCUCUAUUUGGCUUUGUUUGCAGUAUAUUAAAACAUGUUUUAAUAUCAGAUCUUUCAAUAACACUUUUAUACAUGUUUUAUCUCCACCAUUUCUUUAAAAAGCCAUUUUCUUAAAUUAUUCUGGGAAGGUACCUAAAAUCUUAGCCGGUACCUACUCCUAAUAAUCAGCUUUUCAAAAUUGCAUUCAAAUGUGAAAAUACAGCAAAACAACUAUACAGUAUACAAGAAGCGUCAACAUUUAAAAAAUUUCAAAUUGGUGUUACAAAAUCCCAUGCUCUGACUGUCAAGUAAUGGGACAUAGAACAACAGUAGAUUCCUUACGUCAAAAUAAUGUGAUUAUAAUAAAAAUAAUUUUAAAUUAAAUUUUAAAAGAAAAUAACUUUAAUAGUAACUAAAAUACAGGGUGUCAAAGUAUUAUUUUAUUUAUCGUUUUUUUCUCAUAGGUUCUGAACCAAUUGAUAUACUGACAUGAAAUUUAAGACAUACGAGUAUUUUAAAAAGAAAAAUAAAAAUUCGUAUACAAAUUUCAUAUUUUUGGUAGAGGGCGCUCGUUGCGUUAGUUUUUACUUUUUUAGAACCCCUAACUUUUUUUCAGUCCCGUAUAUCGGUUUAAAAAGUAUCAAAAUAAAUUCCUUUUUAAAUUUACAUAGAAAAUGUAUACUUUAUUAAAGUCGCUAGGAGCAAGCAUUUUCGACAUAAUCGCCAUUUUUCAAAAAAAAAAUUUUAAAUAUAUUUACUACUUUAUUUAAAUCGCAUCUUUGGCAGUUUGCAUUGGAGACAAGUGUUUGUAUUAUUAUUAUUUUGUAUUAUUUAUGUCAAACUUUUUGAAUUUUAUAUAAAACAUUUAAAACAAGUAAAAAAGUUUUUUUUUUAAGUUUAAUCAUUUUAAGUAAUGCGUAGGCAUAAUUUGUUUACCAAUUUAAAGAUGUGUGAUAUGCUUUGUGUUUACGCGCAAAUAAAUUUUAAUGGACUGCAUGCAAGACGCAGGUAUCAGGAAAUAUUUCCAGAUAGACAACAACCAAACCAGAAAUUAUUCCAAAGCAUUUAUAGCCGACUAGGAGAAAUUGGAUCAUUUCGGCCAAAAAUGCGUGUUUUGGGCCGCCCAAAAAAUAUUUCUCAAGAACAGGAAGAAGAAAAAUUUUUUUUAGUCCGCGUAGCAGAAAAUCCCGGGUUAAGUACUAGGCGAAUAGCGGCAGCUACGAGUGUAAGCAAAUCAUGUGUUGAUAAAGUACUUCAGAAAGAAGGCUUCUAUCCAUACCGCUUUACACGAGUUCAGUGUUUGAUCCCACCAGAUUUGCCAGCCAGAAUGCAGUUUUGUCGUCAGUUUAAAAAUAUGCAAAACGCAAAUCCAAUGCUUAUUAGCACAGUGUUAUUUACAGACGAGGCUACAUUUAGACGCGGCGUAUUUAACUUUAGAAAUGCUUAUAUGUGGGAUACUGAAAACCCCCAUUCAGUGGCCAGUCGUCAUUUCUAGCAUGAAUUUUUAAAGUUAACAUUUGGUGUGAUAUUAUUGGAAACCAUAUAAUAGACCCCAAUGAACUACCACCUAACUUGAACGGGGUACUUAAAUUUCCUACGAAAUGAACUUGGAGUUCUUUUAGAAGAUAUACCAUUAAAUGUUAGGCAGAACAUGUAUUUUAUGCCUGAUGUGGCGCCAGCGCAUUUCUCUCGACAGGUACGCAAUUACCUUGACGGACAAUAUCCCAAACGUUGGAUUGGCCGUGGAGGACCUUUGCUUUGGCCUGCGCCACCGAACAUAAACUAGAUAUCUUGUUCUUUAUACUGUGCCUGCGCCAAGAGUCCAGACUUAAACCCGAUGGACUUCUAAAUGAACUAUAAAUAAUCUAAAUGAACUAAAUGUAAAAAUUGUAAAUUCUGUAAAUAUGUUAAAAAAUAAUGAGGAUCUUCUUUUUAAAAUACGGUAGUCAUUUGUUAAACGUAUUUCAAAAUGCAUUGAAGUUAAUGGAGGGCAUUUUGAAUAGUUGUUAUAGUACGUUAUUUGUAUGUUUCUUUGUUUAUUAUUGUUUUUGGUAAAUUUGUUUGAAAAUAAAAUAUAAAAAAAAUAAAUAAAUAUCAUUUACAUUGGUUAUGCUAUAGGAAUUAACAAAAAAAGUCGUAAUAUUUUUUUUAUUUAGUAACUAUUCUAAUUUUACAUAAAUAUCAAUAAUCUUAAGUAUUAAUUUUAUUUAGGAUUGCAUUGCUAAAAAUCUAGUAAAUUUAAGUCAUUCACAUAUGAAAACCUAAAAGUGCGAUUAUUUCGUAAAUGGUUUCUCCUAGCGACUUUAAUAAGGUAUACAUUUUUUAUGUAAUAUUAAAAAAGGAAAUUAUUUUGUUACUUUUCAAACCAAUAUACGGAGCUGCAAAAAAGUUAGGGGAUUUAAAAAAGUAAAAGCUAACGCAACGAGCGCCCUCUACGGAAAACACGACAACUGUAUACAUCAUUUAAUUUUUCUUUUUAAAAGACUCGUAUGUUCUAAAUUUCAUGUCAGUAUGUCAUUUGGUUCAGGACCUAUGAGAAAAAAGCGAUAAAUCAAAUAAUACGUUGACACCCUGUAUUUCAGUUACUAUUAAAGUUAGGAUGAGGCAAGUUGACCUCAAUCACAUUAUUUUGACGUAAGGAAUCUACUGUUGUUCUAUGUCCCAUUACUUUCGGGAGACCCUGUAUAGGUCAAACAGGUCGUUGUUUAAAAACUUGGAUAACGGAACACAAAAGAAUCUUUAGACCUGAAAUAUUAUUGCGGUCAAAAAACAAAGAGCUUUGGCAGAACAUGCUGACUCAGAACUACACCAAUUUAAUUUUGAGAAGGUUCAAAUGAUAUCCAAAAUCAUUAUAAGAAAAGAUUAAUUUCAGAAAUGACAAACAUCAAAAAACAUAAAAACAACGUAAACAAAAAACAAUAUACCGACAACUUAAGCACAUCUUACACAAAUCUUAUUAAUCUAAUAAGACCCAAAAAUUUAACUUAAACACUCUUUAAAUAUCCCCUGUAUAACCAUUUAACAAUAUUUAAUAACAUACAUAAAUAUAUUACUUAACUUAAAAUAUUUAUAACGAUAAUUUAGAAAAUGAAAAAAAUAGCUUAUGUUUUGUUUAUAUUAUUUAAACACCUCAACAAUUCAAAACCACAGGUAUAUACAGUAUAUUAUUCAUUUAAUCAUGUUGCUUGCACACCAGUACUUCGAUAUAUACCCUCAAAAACUAGAAUCUAAAUGGAAUCAUCAAAAGAUACACCAAUGUUCUACUUUAUAAUGUCAAACGAAAAUUGCAUUUGCAUUCUGUUGUAAGUAGUUUUAAAUAUUUCCUUUCAAUCUUAAUUUUAAUUGUAACUUUCAACUUUUAAUUCUAAGUUUUAACUAUGUAUGUAAAAUUGUAAAUAAUUGAGGUAGUUAUUAAAUAUCAGAAUAGUUUUUUUUUUUUAAUUUAGUUUAUUAUUGUUUUUGACCACUAUUUUAAAUAAAGGAAAAAAAAUUGUA